AUGAUUUUGCAGGUUUUUGUGUAAAUCUUCUCGACAACCACUUCUGGGAGAGCAAUUAACUUUUUAAUGCUAGUUUUUGACAAUGGACUGAUCUAAAAAAAUUGUUCAAAUUAUGAACACUAAUGCUAAGGUAAAAGAAGCAAGACAUUGGCAAGCAGUCACGAGCAAGGAAAUGAAAGUGUUUCUAACCUUCCUGAUCAUUUCUAAUGGCUUGGUGGUACUUUGCAGGAUGAGCAGUAUUUUCUAUCCACCUGGAGUACAGAGAUUUUUCACACCCCGAAUAUCAGAAACCUGCUUUCUUCUCAAAAAUGA